CUGUCCCGGGACCGCAGCUGCUUGGACCCGUUCACCAGCCGCCAGAGCAUGCAGGCACUGGCCGGCCACGCUGGCAUCUCUGUCUCCGAGGGGUCCGUCCGCGAGUCCGCAGACAUGGAUGUUGUUUUGGAGUCCCUCAAGUGCCUGUGCAACCUCGUGCUCAGCAGCCCUGUGGCACAGACUCUGGCAGCAGAGGCCCACCUGGUGGUGAAGCUCACAGAGCGUGUGGGGCUGUACCGAGUGAGGACCUACCCCCACGACGUUCAGUUCUUUGACUUGCGGCUCCUCUUCCUGCUAACGGCACUCCGCACCGAUGUGCGCCAGCAGCUGUUUCAGGAACUGAAAGGAGUGAGUCUGCUGACUGACACGCUGGAGCUGACGCUGGGGGUGACCCCUGAAGGGAACCCACCCAGGCUCCUUUCUUCUCAAGAGACUGAGCGGGCCAUGGAGAUCCUCAAAGUGCUUUUCAACAUCACCCUCGAUUCCAUCAAGGGGGAGGUGGACGAGGAAGAUGCUGCCCUUUACCAGCACCUGGGGACCCUUCUCCGGCACUGUGUGAUGAUUGCUACUGCUGGAGACCGCACAGAGGAGUUCCAUGGCCAUGCAGUGAACCUCUUGGGGAACUUGCCCCCCAAGUGUCUGGAUGUUCUCCUCACUCUGGAGCCACACGGAGACUCCGUGGAGUUCAUGGGAGUGAAUAUGGAUGUGAUUCGUGCCCUCCUCAUCUUCCUAGAGAAGCGUUUGCACCAGACACACAGGCUGAAAGAGAGCGUAGCCCCUGUGCUAAGCGUGCUGACUGAGUGUGCCCGGACACACCGCCCAGCCAGGAAGUUCCUGAAGGCCCAGGUGCUGCCCCCUCUGCGGGAUGUGAGGACACGGCCCGAGGUUGGGGAGAUGCUGCGGAACAAGCUUGUUCGCCUCAUGACGCACCUGGACACAGACGUGAAGAGGGUGGCUGCCGAGUUCUUGUUUGUCCUGUGCUCUGAGAGUGUGCCCCGAUUCAUCAAGUACACGGGCUAUGGGAAUGCUGCUGGCCUUCUGGCUGCCAGGGGCCUCAUGGCGGGAGGCCGGCCCGAGGGCCAGUACUCGGAGGAUGAGGACACAGACACAGAUGAGUACAAGGAAGCGAAGGCCAGCAUAAACCCGGUAACCGGGAGGGUGGAGGAGAAGCCGCCUAACCCUAUGGAGGGCAUGACGGAGGAACAGAAGGAGCACGAGGCCAUGAAGCUGGUGACCAUGUUUGACAGGCUCUCCAGGAACAGAGUCAUCCAGCCAAUGGGGAUGAGUCCCCGGGGUCAUCUUACGUCCCUGCAGGAUGCCAUGUGUGAGACUAUGGAGGAGCAGCUCUCCUCGGACCCUGACUCCGACCCUGACUGAGGAUGGCAGCUCUUCUGCUCCUCCAUCAGAACUGGUGCUGCUUCCAGAGACUUCCUUGGGGCUGCAACCUGGGAGAAGCCACAUCCCCCUGGGCCCAUGCCCCUCUCUCCAUCUUGGAAACCCUUUCUCUUUACUCCCUGGGUUCUAUUCAUGAUUUGCCCCUGGUUCAGUUUCUUAUCUCUGGACUGCAGUGGUCUUCAGGGCCUACCUGGGCAUACAGAAGAGCAUGCGUGUGGGAGGGCAGGGCGUUGGGCGUGGGCGCACACAGCAAGCACAUCUGAGAUUGGCAUGUGGGCCAGAGUGGGUACUUCAUAGGGAGAAAGAACCUGUCAGAACUUCACGUACGAGUAUGUUAGAACGCAUGCUGCAAGUUAUGCUCUGUGGUUUCUGUCCUGUUUUCACUGGGCGCAGGGCUGGAGGCCUCUAAGAUGUUCUUGGUCCUUGUUGAGCUGCACACUGUAGUAUCCACAGUGCCCAGGUUCUCGCUGGUUCUGGCAAUUAAAUCUCAAUCCUUCCUACUGGCUUAGACUACACUUAGGAGGAGAAUGCCCCUCCUGUGACCACAGUUUGAGAUUUAUACCAUAGACACAGAAACAUCGUCCUGAAAUAAAGAGUUCUGAGCAA